GAAGAUUUAACAAAAGACAAGAUAAACUUUUAAUUUAAAAGGACGUAAGAUUCUCUCAUUGCCAAAAUUCAGAACUAAGACAAAAACAGGAAAGGUUUGUUUUCAAGGAGACGGGAUAUGGAACAAUUGAAAAAAAUCAAUUAAAGAAUCCAAAUCCUAAACGACCUCCACAAAACCAAAAAUACAAUGAACUUCUUUUGCUUACUUACUGAACUUAAAAAAACGGACUUCUUUUAUGUAAGAAUGCCAUAAGCAUACCUAUUUGCUAUAUAGCAGAUAUGUAUGUUCAGAUACAGUACCUUUAAUUCAAAUAUUCUUUUUUCUAUGUAAAACGGGCAGAAAAAUACGUUUUCUUCUUUCUAUUCCUUUUUAUGUUUAAAAUCUUUUUAUAAAUUGUUUUAUGGAAAUAAAAAAUAAAUAAUUCAAGUAAGUUCAAGUAAAUUCAAGUAGUUCGGCUAAUGCAACUGUCUACUCUGUCAACUUAGGCCACCACUGACGUCAGACUGAUAGACAAGGAAGAUGCUUGUGAGGGAACUCCGGAUCCUCACUCUAAAACAGAAAAGUCUAAAAUUACGGCAAAAGACUCUGAAAUGUUUGCAGUGAACAAUCGCCAGGCAUCCUGGGAACCUUCCAGAAUCAAACCUGACACGUCUUUACAUGCAGCAGAACUCAAGGAGAUGAGAAAGUCUGAUAAUACAAUAACUGCUAAUGGGCAUCAUGACUCUGCAUUAAUGAGGACGGCGUUCAGUGAAAAUGGACAUGACUUUCCCUCUGACAGACUGAUGAGUGAAAUGAAGGAAAAAUAUUGUCAUUGUGAGCGUCAAGAAAAGGCGAAGGCUGCCGAAUCUUCUGAGGAUUCUUUCCGGAAGGGUGGCAGAGACGGGAGUGAGAGUUAUGAGGCUCGGAGAAUGAAAGACUUGAGCCCUACAGAGGAAAAGGAUUGCAACAACGUCGGGGACUCCAAAACUCCCAAAAUAGUUCCUCUGAAGCCGCGGAGAUCAAAGAAGUCUUUAAAUAAAGAGAACCAGGACGGUGUUCAUGCUGCUGGAUGUGGAGGUGUGACACCCUGUGAGUCAGCGAGGAGUCUGGAUGACCAUGCUGGACCGCACUCCACUCAGCCUUGUCAACACACCAAGAACCAGCCGCUUCCAAAGCAGGAACUCAAAGAGCGCAGGGAAGCCACGGUGCAAGCUCCUCCCCGCACUCUGCCUCUGAAAAUGCAUUGGUCCCGAGACAGGCCGAGCAGCGUAGACAGCAGCCACAUCCACUACCGGACUCCCAACCCCGAACCCGCCAAGAGGAAGCCAGCGGUAAAACCCCGUUUGUCCAUCACCGGAAAGUAGCGCCUUUGCAUGAGCUUCCGGCUGUGCGGCGAUGAUCUCGGUUUUUGCCAUCAAAAACUCCAAACAUCCCACCAGCAUACUUCAAAAUUCCAUGUGGCUGUUGACAAGAAAGCAAAACAUGUUUUGGCAUAGCACCAUUGACCGAGUCAGCUCUGAGAGCUUUUUGCUUUCCCUUGUUUCCUCUGCAAAGCUUGACAUCUGCUUGGCCAUUUCAGAACACUGCGGGCCCUUAAGCAAAGCUCACAUUGCUUAAGCUGCAGGCGUUGUCCUUCUCCCUCCUUUAGCUUGUCACCUUAACACCUGGUAUCUUCUUCCAACUUCCUCGCAGAGGAAAGGUGGCUGCUGUUGUAAGGAGUGCACGACCUUUACGCCAUUUCUUUUCUUUAAACUUCCUUUUCACAUGAUGUAAAUCCCUUUUUUUGAAGGGCAUUUGUGCAAAAAUGUUCUACCUUGGCACCUCUGCAGCAGCAAAAAAAGAGGGGAAAAAGGGUAAUUAGGAGGAAACAGGAGCUGUGGAGCUGCCAAACCUCUUCGGGACUGAGGCAUUCACAAACAUGAAUACCUUUCUCCUGUAAGGGAUUUUGAAAAAUAAAACCUCAGUGCAUGGCAAAACCACUGCACUCCCAAUCAUGUUUUAAAUAUGAUUAGCUGGUAUCUAUACACUGCGUGCAUGCA